AUGGAGAAGGGGAAGCUGGAGCAGCCGCCGCGGACGGUGAGCUGCAAUGGGUACGCGCUGGAGGAGAAGCAGCCGCCUCCGCCCGCUCCGAGCCGGCCCCUGGAGAAGCCCCGCUACUCGCAGGGCACCAGCUCGCAGUGCCUGGACAACUGGAAGGAGGAAAGGACCCGCAGCGAGGAGGAUAACGAGAUGAACCUGCCCAGCCUGGCCGCCGCCUACACCACCAUCCUGCGCUCGCUGGGCGAGGACCCCGAGCGGCAGGGGCUGCUCAGGACCCCUUGGAGGGCAGCCACCGCCAUGCAGUUCUUCACCAAGGGCUACCAGGAGACCAUCUCAGAUGUCCUGAAUGAUGCCAUAUUUGAUGAAGAUCAUGAUGAGAUGGUAAUUGUGAAGGACAUAGACAUGUUCUCAUUGUGUGAACAUCACCUGGUUCCAUUCGUUGGAAAGGUACAUAUAGGUUAUCUUCCUAACAAACAAGUUCUUGGUCUCAGCAAGCUUGCUAGGAUUGUGGAGAUAUACAGUAGAAGACUACAGGUUCAGGAGCGCCUUACAAAACAAAUUGCAGUAGCCAUCACAGAAGCCUUGCAGCCUACUGGAGUUGGAGUGGUUAUUGAAGCGACACACAUGUGCAUGGUAAUGCGUGGGGUGCAGAAGAUGAACAGUAAAACGGUCACUAGCACAAUGUUGGGUGUAUUCCGGGAGGAUGCAAAGACUCGGGAAGAGUUCUUAACCCUCAUCCGAAGCUGA